GCUUUUUGCCGUGACUUUGUUAUCAGUCAGCCGAUAACAAAAACUCAUAAACACCCAAAACAGAUGUCCUUCCAGCGACUCGAAAGCAGGGACGCUGACGACGACGGUGCUCUGCUGUCAUCCUCGAGCUUGGGUCUGCGCAGCGUGACGGCAGCAGACCAGCAGCAGCAGCAGCCGGAAGAUGUGGAGGACGAGUACGAAACCGCACAAGGCGAUGGACGCGACUUGUUUUCGAGUGGCAACGUGGCCGAUAGCAAGACGCCCGCUCGUCCAAAGUUCACCUUUGCGGGCCUCUCGAUCGGCCAGGGUCACGGACAUGGCCACAGCCACGGUGGACACGGCGGCGGCAGCGGCGGCGGCGGCGGCGGCGGUGACAGCCAUGGUGGCAGCGGUCAAGCACACCACGGCCACUCCCAUGGGUGGUUCCGCCACAGCCACGCAAAGGACUUCCAGCAAGACCACGGCAUGGGCCACUCGCACGACCGCCAUGGACACCUUGUUCGCAUGAGCGCAAUUGCCAAGUUUGCCCAGAUUGCGCGACCGGAACGCACAAUGAUGCUUGUCGGUGCGGUCGCGCUGUCGCUCUCAGUCGCUGUCAAUCUGUUCCUGCCUUACUCGCUCGGAAGCUUGUUGGCAGAUGCUGCAGAGACUGGAAGCAACACGACGACGACGACGAGCAACGGAGAGGUGCGCGAAAAGACGAGCUUCUCCACCAUUGUCAACAUGACCUUUGUCUACAUGGCCAUCUACGUGUUUGGCUCCCUGAUGACAUCGACACGCGCGUUCGCGUUUAGCAUUGCUGGUGAGCGCCUCGUGCGUCGCGUGCGCUGCGCCUUGUAUGCGUCCAUCCUUUCGCAACCAAUGAGCUUUUUCGACAAGGCUCGCUCUGGCGAGCUGCUCAAUCGACUCUCCGCGGACACGGAUCUUCUCAAGCACACCAUCAGCCUGAGUCUUGCUCAGGCGCUUCGUUUCUUGGUGCAGGUCAUUGGCGGCACGCUGUUCCUCUUUUACUUGAGCUGGCAAAUGACGCUCGUCCUGCUCAGCGUCAUUCCGCUCGUCGCGCUGGGUGGCUGGUGCUACACGCGCAAGGCGAGGGUGCUCAGUCGCACCUUGCAGGACGCCCUUGCUGAAGACGCCACGAUCGCGGAUGAGGUGAUCAACGGCAUGCGGCAUGUCCAAGCGUUCGGUCGGCAAGACUUUGAGCAGAAGCGAUUCACCACCCAUCUCAACGCCACCUACAAGUAUGCGCACAAACUGGCCAUGAGCACCAGUAUUUUCAUGGGCGCAGCCGAGUUUGGUUCCUACUGGGCAGUGCUGAUGGUGAUCUUGUACGGCGCUCACCUGCUCAUCGAAGGCCAGCUCUCUUCGUCGUUUGUGACGUCGUACAUUUUGUACGCCGUGUAUGUUGCCCAUGCGCUCGGCGCGCUCUCGCAUGUGGGUGCGGAACUGUCCAAGUGCGCCGGUGCGGUCGAGCGUCUGAUGCAACUCCUCUCCCUGUUCUCGAGCAGCCAAGCUGCGGAUUCGCCCAACUUUUCCUUGGUGGAAGAGCUCUCCUCCGUCGAUAUUCGUGGAUAUCAGCCGCGUGACGGUCUUCGCGGCCUCGUCGAAUUCGAGCACGUGUGCUUCUCCUACGACACGGUCGACACAUCCAUCAGCGACCGUGCCAUCGAGCAGCACACCAAUUCCCAUCCCUUCACCACUUCCCACAUCCACCACCCAACUACUGGCGAGCCCAUGCGACCGUCGUCUGGACGCUCCAAGGCAGCAGGAUCCGAUCGCCAGGUCCUCAUGGACGUUUCGUUCGUUGCGCAACCUCGCAUGACCAUUGGCCUCGUUGGUCCUUCCGGCGCUGGAAAGAGCUCAAUUUUGCAGCUGUUGCUGGCCUUUUAUGCGCCGAGCGCUGGCUCAAUCAAGAUCGACGGUCACCCGAUUGAAAGCUUCAACAGCAACUGGCUGAGGCAAAACGUGGGCUAUGUGAGCCAAGAUCCGACGCUGUUUUGCUGCUCAAUUGGCGACAACAUCCGCUACGGCCGUCUUGAUGCCACUCAGGCCGAGGUGGAAGAGGCUGCUCGCGUGGCGCUCAUCCACGACUUUAUCAUGUCGUUGCCGCACGGGUACAACACGAUCGUGGGAGAACGAGGUGCCAAGCUUUCCGGAGGCCAGCGCCAGCGUAUUGCUAUUGCUCGAGUCGUGCUCAAGAACGCCAUGAUUGUGCUCAUGGACGAGCCAACCAGUGCGUUGGACGCCGAAAGCGAGCAAUUGGUCCAGCAAGCCCUCGAAGCGCUGUACAAGAAUCGCACCUGCCUCAUCGUUUCCCACCGACUCGAUGUCAUUCGCUCCUGCGAUCUCAUUCUCGUGUUUGAGCAUGGUCGGCUGAUUGAAAAGGGCACGCAUCAAGAGCUUCAAGGAGCCGGCAAGACCUAUUCCAAGCUAUUGGCGAUUCAAUCCUCAAGCUGAAAAACGAAAGAAAAUCGGAGGCUUGCCCCGGUUCAUUCUGGAGGCGAUUGAGCUGAAUGGAUUAUUCUUUCGUGUUUGUUUGUUUUGUUGGCUUUCUACCCCUCCACAAUGCACUGUUGGACUGAUCACGCUGCUUGCCAAUUUCAAACAUUCGUGCAACUGA